GGUGGGGUGCGGAGCGGGACUUGGAGCCGCCGCCGCUUCGGCCACCGCCUACAGAGUCUGUCUUGCGCCUGGUGCUGCCUGGACCAUGCGGCCGGAGCCCGGAGGCUGCUGCUGCCGUCGCCCGCUGCGGGCGAACGGCUGCGUGGCGAACGGGGAGGUGCGGAACGGGUACGUGAGGAGCAGCGCCGCUGCCGCCGCUGCCGCAGCCGGCCAGGUCCAUCAUGUUACACAAAAUGGAGGACUGUAUAAAAGACCGUUUAACGAAGCUUUUGAAGAAACACCAAUGCUGGUUGCUGUGCUUACUUAUGUGGGGUAUGGUGUACUCACCCUCUUUGGAUACCUUCGAGAUUUCUUGAGGUAUUGGAGAAUUGAAAAGUGUCACUAUGCAACAGAAAGAGAAGAACAAAAGGACUUUGUGCCAUUGUAUCAGGAUUUUGAAAACUUCUAUACAAGGAAUCUCUACAUGAGGAUUAGAGACAACUGGAAUCGACCAAUCUGUAGUGUGCCUGGAGCCAGGAUGGACAUCAUGGAGAGACAGUCUCAUGAUUACAACUGGUCAUUCAGGUACACAGGGAAUACGAUUAAAGGUGUUAUAAACAUGGGUUCCUACAACUAUCUUGGAUUUGCACGAAAUACUGGAUCAUGUCAGGAGGCAGCUGCCAAAGUCCUAGAGGAGUAUGGAGUUGGCGUGUGCAGCACUCGGCAGGAAAUUGGUAACCUGGACAAGCAUGAAGAACUAGAAAAGCUUGUGGCAAGUUUCUUGGGAGUAGAAGCUGCUAUGGCAUAUGGCAUGGGAUUUGCAACAAAUUCAAUGAACAUUCCUGCUCUUGUUAGCAAAGGUUGCUUGAUUCUGAGUGAUGAACUGAACCAUGCAUCACUGGUUCUGGGAGCCCGACUCUCAGGAGCAACCAUUCGAGUCUUCAAACACAACAACAUGCAGAGCCUAGAGAAGCUAUUGAAAGAUGCCAUUGUCUGUGGUCAGCCUCGGACACGAAGGCCCUGGAAGAAGAUUCUAAUCCUUGUGGAGGGAAUAUAUAGCAUGGAGGGAUCCAUUGUUCGCCUUCCUGAGGUGAUUGCCCUUAAGAAGAAAUACAAGGCAUACCUGUAUCUUGAUGAAGCCCACAGCAUUGGGGCUCUGGGCCCUGCGGGGCGAGGUGUGGUAGAUUACUUUGGCCUGGAUCCUGAGGAUGUGGACGUUAUGAUGGGAACAUUUACCAAGAGCUUUGGUGCUUCUGGAGGAUACAUUGGAGGGAAGAAGGAGCUGAUAGACUAUCUGCGAACACAUUCUCAUAGUGCAGUGUAUGCCACGUCACUGUCACCGCCUGUUGUGCAGCAGAUCAUCACCUCGAUGAAGUGCAUCAUGGGGAAGGAUGGCACCACCCUUGGCAAAGAGUGUGUACAGCAGUUAGCUGAAAAUACUAGGUAUUUCAGGAGACGUCUGAAAGAGAUGGGCUUCAUCAUCUAUGGAAAUGAAGAUUCUCCAGUGGUGCCUUUGAUGCUCUACAUGCCAGCCAAAAUCGGCGCCUUUGGACGGGAGAUGCUGAAGCGGAACAUCGGAGUAGUUGUGGUGGGAUUUCCUGCCACCCCAAUUAUUGAGUCCAGAGCCAGGUUUUGCCUGUCAGCAGCUCAUACCAAAGAAAUUCUUGAUACUGCUCUCAAGGAGAUAGAUGAAGUUGGGGACCUACUACAGCUGAAGUAUUCCCGUCACCGGUUGGUGCCGUUGCUGGACAGGCCCUUUGAUGAGACCACAUAUGAAGAAACAGAAGACUGAGCCUUUUUGGUGCUCCCUUACGGAAACUCUCCCUCACCCAGGACAGUGUGUGGCCUUUCUGAGCCAGUUCCAGGAACCACACUUCUGUGGCCGUCUCACGUGAAAGACAUUUUCUCAACUACUGACGGUGGCCACCUCCACUCCAAAUGGCAUUUUGUAAAUAGGAAAAACUGCUCCACGUCUUCCUUUGCUGCAUUUCACCUUUUAAAAAAGGUGACUUACUUUGCUUUUUUGUCCAUUAAAAAAUGUUUUAUUUUAUAACUAUCCUAUUUGUGAAAUCACGCUGACCCUAGCCUGUCUCUGCUAACCACACAGGCUGUUGCCCUUCCCCAGCCACCUCGCAGCCUUGGGCCCAUCCAAAGCUGCCAGCCGGCAUCACAGCCUCAAGACUCACCUGGCCCCCCCCUCCCUCGGGAGCAAGUGCCUUCCACUUACUUCCACUCCAGAUCCCGGAGGUUGCCAACCUGGGAAUCCUUAUUUAACCAGUCAAGUAAUCAACCAAAGUGUUCUGCUUUUAGUCUUAAGUUAAGCCUUUUAAGAAAAACAGAAAACGUUAACACUGUUGAUAUUCUCCCUCGUUGUGUAACUCCCCCUGGUCUAGAGCCUCCCAAGUCGUGGUCUUGUUCCAUUUACUGGAAUGGAACAAGGAUUUCUUCAUUCACCAUCAAAUAUUUCUUCAUGAUGGUCACUGUCUGGGGGUAUGUCCAAUUUCUGGAUUCUUCCCAAGCUCUAACUUAAUGCCCCCACCCCCUACGUAGAACACUUAAAUUGUUUUAAAGGCACCCGCACCCCACCCUGAUCAGACCUCCGUGGUGAAGCCGACUCACACUUCACGAUUCUGUGUUCAAAGCUGCUCCGUGGAGUGAUGUGCAGUCCUGCUGGGUGAGGGGCAGGGGCAGCCGGAAGAAUUGAUUACCACUUGCAGAACCAGACUGUCUGUGGUUUGCUCCUUAAUGCUAUCUGCUUUUCAAAAUUAUGAUGGCCUCUGCCUGGGUCUGGGUCCAGAUUAGGAUUUAAACUGAUAAAGGGAAAUGUUGGUAAAUCCUCUGCUCAGAAAUCAUUUGUCAUGUUCCUAUAAGGAUUAAAGUUAUUAACUUGCCCUUUUUAGAAGUUGGCCCAUUUAAAUAUCACUCUUCUGAGCGCUGGUUCUCUUUAUUCUUGAUGUCCUAAGACAAUUCUAACCUGACAUCAGGGGUUUAGUCUCCCUUGCCUUCCAUUACCUUCCCUUAUUUUAAAGAAAUUCUGAACACAUAUCUGUUGGCCAAACUGGCACCGUCUCUACUGACUCUGUUUUCAUAUCAGAUAAGGGGACUUCUUUCAGAGAGCUUUAUGCUGCUUGACCAAAGAACACAUCUGAAAAUCACCAUGUUAAAGUUCUUUUAUUUUUUUUCUGUUAACCAAAGCUUCAGUGAAAAGAACUUUAGACUCUAUUCUGCGCAAGAUCAGCUUGUCUUUUAGUAGCCAUCAGGUAUGAUAGGGAAAGAUUGAGAACCCAAUGGAAAAGAAUCCUGUGAAAGUAUUUUUGCACAUCUCUAAUUGUGAAACCACUCCUUUUAUUGGUAAGAAUUCUCAGUCCAGAUUCUCUUGGGCAUCUUAUUAUCAGCUGUGGUAUGUUUGUGCUAAUACGUGUAGUGGAGGAUGUAUGCAAUAUUAUCGUUUGUGAAGUUUUGUUUUCGUGUCUCAACUUGUCUUUGAUCACUCUCAGCAUCUGAGAGCCUUAAGCCCUUGAAAUGUUCCAAGGUUUCAUUUUACUUUUUUAAAGAAUAGCAAGGGGUGAAUAAAAGAACCAUGUGGAUAUGCGGGGACUAUACUUAGCAUGUACAAGCUACAGUAAGAAAGAAAUUGUGGUGACCAAGUAACUCGUCCUGUAAAAUAAAGUGCAUUGCUACCCUUUCCUGCACAUCUAGUGUCUCACCCUAGGACCCCAUAGAGUACCAGAUGGCUUUUGCACUGCAGUUACUAUGUAGUGGCGUAGGGUUUGUAAAAGUCACAAACUUUACGCAAUGAACUUACUUGCUAGUCUUUAUUUUGGCUUGCAUGAAGUCAGUGCAAUAUAAAAUAUCAGUAUGGGCAUUUUAAAAGUUAUAUAUCACUUUGCUGGCAUAAAAUUAUUUCAGUAUAAAAGUAGUUAAAUUAUAAAUUUAUUUUGAAGAAACAAAAGUCCUAUGAUCGAUCCAGGACCUCUGCUGUCUAGAGGACAAAACAUUAUACAUGCUGGUUGUCUCUUUUUGAAACUGUAAUAUAAAUCUAGGAUCCAGUCAUAUAGCAAGUAUCAUUCUUUAACCAAGCCCUUGGGGGAAUAUAAGUGUAUAUAAAUACAGUCCUUGAGAACAAGUCGAAAUCUGGGACUUGUAAGUAUUGUUUAGUACAUGGUUUAACACAGCCGGAUUUGAGAAUCUGAUGGGAUUCAAACAGGCAUCAGCUAACCGUGACUACCAAAGCUGAUCAUCUGAGUCAGUCAGUGCAGGUGUGACUCAGCCUUAUCACAUUUCCCCAUCUCUCUCUUUAGCAUUCUUGAUCCAUUCCAGGUUUAGGAGACUUUUCUGCAGAUUACAUCAAAACCCAGGAAAUCUAUAAUGAGGCGACAUAAAAAUCACACACAAAGAAUGGAGCAGAUAGCAGAUCAUCCUCCCACCUUUGCCCUAGAAUGUGAUGUACAUUCUAAAGCAAGGAACUAUGGGAAAUGCUCAGGGGCUUUGAAGCAUUUUUUCAACUUUUUGCUUUGCUUUGGAAAAUUUCUUCUCUAUUUAAAACAUCCUAGUCUCCAGAACCCCAAAGUCUCUAUCUUAAACUUUGAUGAUAGGCUGAGGAUUUCAGAUGGUCAAAACAUGCUUCUUCCUCAUGUAGUCACGUAAGGUGGACAGAAUAUCCUACACAACUACUGGGGACUGUGUGUACCUAAUGCCCUUUCAGAGGCCAAGGAAUUGGAUAUUCUUCCCAUGAUUUAUCUCUAUACUCCCUCCCUCCUGUAUUUGGCUUUUCUUUCUUUUUGUUCUUGAUUUUUAGAAUUCCACAGGCAGUGAAGAAAAAGAUUUGGGGGGAUUCUUGUUUUAUUAGACUUCAUAGGGAUGUAACAGAACCUGUCUCCUGGUUCUCUUGUGAAAAGAAUUGCUGUGUCCUAACUCCCAGGGUGUCUCCUGGUGUUCUAGGUAAGCCAAAAUGGAUUCUAAUCUCUACUUGCUAAAACCCAUGUGGUUAGGCAGUGGGGAGAGUGAGUGGUUUUCCUUCUGUCUACCUUCAUGAAGAUCCAGAUCUGGAGCAUUUCACACAGGUAAAAUCAGCAUAGCCCAAAGGGAUUGUGAAGGUUAUAAAAGUGAAGAUUCUUAUAGCUGUUGAGCAGCUGUUUGCUUAAAUGCAAUCCCAGAACCUAUAGAUGUGCUGCUACCUAUUUAUCAUGGAGGCUCAGUUUAUAAUGGAAGCUCAUUGCCCAGCAGGCAUCUUAAUCCAUUAAGCCAGUUAAUCAAAACACCUCCAUGUAGAGGAAUGCAUGUCCAUUCUCUCCUCAGCUUUAUCCUCAUGAAAUUUAGUGUCCAGGCUCCUAGCCAAUUGCUAUGUGCCCAGAUAGCCAAAUUAGAAGGCUGGCUUCCUGCUUAUCAUACUGAAGAAAUGCUAGGACUAGCCAGUGAUCCAUUUGCUCUUAAUUGUAUGAAAAAUGCUGUUGCCUCUUUUGUCGUUUCCAGUGACCUGUAUUCCAAGCAUCUUUUGCUAUGGAGUGAGUCUUUUCUAGGGAGGAAACCAAAGGGAUUAGCUGGAACCCCUAUUGAAAAUGUUUAUUCAAGUCUUCUGUGGUGAGUCUGCAGGUAUCACAUUCCCAGUCCACCCUUGGGAGUGGCUUGGUUGGGGAGCUGUGGGCAAGGUCUUGCUUACUGCAUAGUACACAUGAAAAAAUGGCCUUAAACUGUGAUUCUUUGUGGUAUGAUGAGAUAUAAUAAACUGACCCUGAAGAAUGCACUGGCUCUUAAA